CCCUCCCAGCAGCGGGGCCUUGUCCUGACUGAGGGUAGAUUUCCAAAGGCACAACUUCAGAUGGGAUAUAUAUAUAUUUUUAUAUAUGUGUGUGUGUGUUUAGAGUCACUGAUUCCCCCCAAAACACGUGACAGAUAAAUUCACCAGCAGGAGUGGCAGGAUGACUACUGCAAAUUUCUUUCAGAAGAAUUGGUAUGAAAUUCUCGGUGCACAUCCUUCAGACAGCCAACAGGAACUCAAGCAGAAUUACCAGAAAUUGGUCUUAUUGUAUCAUCCGGACAAACAGAGUGCAGAUGUGCCAGCGGGAGAACUUGAGGAGCGCGUGCAGAGGUUCAUCGAAGUUGAUCAGGCGUGGAAAAUACUGGGAAAUGAAGAGACAAAGAGAGAGUAUGACCUGCAGCGUCGUGAAGUCACUUUGGCACAGAAAUGGCCUGUGGAUGCUGAGGUUUCUCUUGAUGAAAUGAGUUGGAUUGAUGCCGAUGAGUGCUACAUAUACGAUUGCCGAUGUGGUGGUGAAUUUAUUCUUGCCAAGGAAGAAGCUGAAGAAAACAUAUCCGUUAUCUGCUGCAACACUUGUUCACUCAGCAUAGAGAUCCUGAAAAGGAGUUGAGAACAAAUGAUCCUUUCAGCGUUUUAGCUUGGGAGAUGCUGGUCAGAGCAGCUUAGAUCAGCUCUAAGUACAUUUGGCACUUAUCAGCUCAGGUAACAAAUCACCUCAACCCAGUCUCCACUUAGGGUUGCAUUAUACAAACACAACGUGCUUUAUAUCUUGCAUGGAACCCAUAUUUGAGUCAAUGUGAAUUGCUAAAUUCUAUUCCAAACAUUUUUUUUGUUUUUUUUUGCUUUCCUCG